GGCGCAUGGGGGACCCAUCCAAGAUGGCGGCCGCGCUGAUACGUGAGCUCCAAUAGGCAGCUUUAGAUUUUGAGGCGUCUACGUAUAUUAUGUCUAUGCCGUUCACUAGGUCAGGUUGCCGUAAGGCUCCGUCGUGUGUUGAAGUGUUGCUAGGAGACCACCAUGACGCAUCAGACGUAUAAAACAUAUACUGUCAGCGCCGUGACGGGAUGACGGAGUUACACCAGGCGGCGGCUUCAGGAGAUUUUGACCAAGUAGAGGAGCUUUUAAAGCAAAGUAAAUGUGAUCCAAACCAGAGAGACGUCGACUGGAGCUUCAAGACACCUCUCCACUGGGCAGCUGCCAAAGGUGUUUUAAAACGAGAGGAAAUUUGACCCUUUUCUUAGUCUUUCUAAUCGAUUGUGGCUUUGUUAAUGCAUUGAUUGUAGACAUUAUCCAAUAUUUACCCAAACAAACCUAUUAAGAUGUUUUUUUUUAAUCUAGAUUAGUUAGAGGUCACAAAAUUUAGAGCAUAUUUUCUUUCGAGGCACAAGAUCAAUUUCAACACAACAUAUCAAUAUCACAACAUCAACACAACAGGUCUGAAAGUUGUUUUAAGCCAUACUUUUCUACUUUCUGUUUCUAUAUCUAAUGCUGUGGGCUUCUUUAUUUUGUAGCAAAAUGUAAUCUGAAAAGAACAUUAACUAAAGAGGUUUUACCCCACAAGAGUUAUAUAAACAGAUACUCUAUUUUCCUGUCAAUCCGUUUGUAGGCUACAUGUCAGCGGCUCCUGAAUGCUGUAGCCUUCAGGCCCUCCUUUCCAAAAUGACAGCAGAAAAACUCAUCUGAAAGAACAAAAAAUGUACACAGACGGGUCUGCGGGUUAAUCCUCCUCUUGUGUUUUUGUUUUUGAAUGCUUUAAAGAACCACUUAAAUUAGCUUUUUUUGCAUCAUGACUUUUUGACUUUAUCAGGAACUUCUAUUUUAACAAGAUAAAAAUAUUUCAACUGACUAAAAUAUAAAAUGCUCUUAAAAUUAUGGCAUUUGUUGUGUUAGGGUCACUGUUGACCUGGUUAGAUCAAUAUCUAAUGAUGAGAGCAAAAACUGAAAUCAUAUGUGCACUGUCAGGCACCACACUGACAGUCAGAUCCUCUUCCACUCGUGUGAGAUUUAGGAAAUUCUCAUUUUGCCUGUUUUUUCCCUGCACAAAAAAGUACAUUGGGCAUGUCCAGACAUGUGAGAUCCAUUCAAUAUAGAUGUCUAUAUGAGGGGUAUACUGACAAAGAAAUGCCCAGAGGCCCACAACAAAAACUAUUAUAAGCAAUACUUUCAUGGAUAAUGAAGCCUUACAAAGUAACGUAGAGAUGAGAUCCAAAUUGGAUGAUAGAGAAUUGUUUUUAGUGUAAUUCACAGCUGAUUUAAGACACGGGUCAAAACCGACCCUUAACAUGGUGGGUGAGUAGUAAAAGCUAACACAGGAGGAAGGUUAUUGUCAUUUUAGUGUCACCAAACUAACAGAUUACAUGCAUCUGGAAUGAGAAAUGAUCACUUUUUGGCAAGAAAUCUCAUAAGAAAACUGAGGUCCAUAACUUUACCAGACCCUAAUGACAUUUUGUUGACAUUUAAGUAAUAUUCUUUCCAUAAUAGCCCCCUCUAGUUGAAUUACUUGACUUAUUUUUAUGGUUUUCAGUGCAUAUAUCAGAUUACUCUGUGACGCCACUUCCACAGGACACACAGAAACAGUCAGGAUCCUGAUCGAGCAUGGAGCCAGGCCAUGUCUGAGGACAGAGCAUGGAUGGACAGCUGCACACUUCGCUGCAGAGUUUGGCCGGCUGGCCGUUCUCCGGCUGCUUCACUCGCUCCAUGCUCCUAUGGACAAGGAGGACUUCUGUGGAGACAAACCAGUGCGGAUAGCAGAAAUAUACGGACACCAGGACUGCGUUGCAUUCCUUAAAAAGUAUCAAAUGAAGACCACUUUUUCCAAUUCAACACUUUUGUUUAUCUCACUUCAUUUAUUGUAAUAUUUUCGCACUUUAUACAACACGAUAUGAGACUGUGUUGUGCUAUAACUAAACUUCUCUUUCAAAUACAUAGCUUUUAUCUGUAAAAUACAGUUUUUAAAUGUCAUACAUCAAUCACUAUUGUACGUUUUUAUGUUACAGGGCAGAAACUGAGUGUCAGGUGUACCGUAAGAUGGCCGUUCAAAAAGGGAUCACAGUGGAUGACACAGAUGAGGAGUGGGCAGAGCAGGGCAAAGAAAACGAAGACAGCAGGAUCUCUCACAACAACAUUCAGACAAAGACUUAACUUCUCCUCACACAACAAAGUUAAUAACAGUGUUUCUGUGGCGUUUAAGUGCUUUGAUACUUCAAUUGUGUUGCAAACAGUAUUACCUUUAUCCCAUUUACAUGACAAUGUAGCUUCAUUGUAAAGUGUUGAAUAUUUUCUAUUAUAGACACCAAUAAAACAUUUCAACUUCUGAUACAAUAUAUCUAUUAAUGUAUGUGGUUAAUGCAUAUAUAUUGAGAUUUUUUACUCGUUCGACUUUUACUUCAUCGAGGUUGAGUCGGUGCAGCUGUUGGUCGUCGAAGCUGGAGUCUGGGGAGCAUUAAAGGACAUAUAAAACUUUAUGAUAAUCACUGUGGUAUUUCACACUGGGGUUAAUAAAGUUGGUUUGACUUACCUUUA